UACAUUUGAAAUGCUACUUAUACACAAUAAUUUUUAAUAUUAUUUAAUUAACAAUUAACGAAAUAUAAUUAUUAAAUGUGCAUUUCAGAUGCCGACUCUACACCAAUCAGUUGAUGACAUCACUCCAACCACAGUUGGAUGGAAAAUAAAAAUGACAGUUCUACAAAAAUUUCCACCACGAACAAGCAUGAGUUCACCAGUCCGAUAUCAGAAGCUGUUUUUAUCUGAUCCAAAGGGGACGAGAGUAGAUGCAGUAAUUUUCGCUGAAGAUAUUGAAGCUUUGGAGGACACUUUGCAUGAGUUACACACCUACCACAUCAGUGAUGCCCGUGUCAACAGAACCCCUGCCAGAUACCUUAAAAAUGGCACAAAUUACCAUUUUAGCUGGACACUGAACUAAAAAACACAAGUUGUUGAAGUCCAAGAAGAAGACAAACAAAUUUCUAAGCCAGUCCAUGAGUUCGUUUCGUUUAAGAACUUGUCAUCUGACAAAUACUCCAACACACCACAAGGUAACUUCGGAUCCCAACAAUAUACCAACAUGACAAAUGAUUUACGAAGUUUUA